GAGAUCCUGAGAGCAACCCAUUCUUUCACCAAUGUUUGUAGAAGCAGUCUGCAUGCCUAGGGGCUUGAUUGUAUACACCUGUGUCCAUGGAGGGGAUUGGAAAACCUGAAUCACAUGACAUGGAGGGGAUUGGAACACCUGAAUCACAUGAUAUGGAGGGGAUUGGAACACCUGAAUCACAUGAUAUGGAGGGGAUUGGAACACCUGAAUCACAUGAUAUGGAGGGGAUUGGAACACCUGAAUCACAUGAUUGGGAGGGGAUUGGAACACCUGAAUCACAUGAUUUGGGGGGCUUGAUUGUAUACACCUGUGUCCAUGGAGGGGAUUGGAACACCUGAAUCACAUGAUAUGGGGGGGAUUGGAACACCUGAAUCACAUGAUUUGUAGG